CGAUAUUUCACAACAUCAGGGUACUUCGCGCUGCCCACGAACGUGAACGACUCGAAGAAAUGAGAUACGACGAAAAGGCAGAACGACGGGUUUUCCAAAGGAACACGGGAAACUUAGCUACGACAAAUUGUCUUGUUGUUUUCUACGGCAGGGUGAUGACGUUCACACGCCAUUGAAGUGAAUCAACGUGCGCGAUAUCAUUCGUGGAGUCAAAAAUGUUGCACUUCAAUUCGGCGAAAAAAAAGUCCUGUCUCUGUAAUAAAUUGAAAUCUCGGAUUGUCGUCGCUGCCAAAUAAGUCGUUCGCCAAGAGUCUCACGAUCCCAGCAUGGCUUCGUCUACGAAAAGAUCUUGGAAACUCCAGGAGUUUGUUGCUCACACAUCAAAUGUCAACUGUCUUGCGUUAGGCCAUAAAUCAGGCAGGGUUUUAGUUACGGGUGGUGAUGACAAGAAGGUGAAUCUAUGGGCUGUUGGAAAACAGAAUUGUAUUAUGAGCCUUAGUGGGCACACAACUCCCAUUGAGUGUGUUCGAUUUGGUCAAACAGAGGAUCUGGUAUGCGCUGGCUCACAAACAGGUGCAUUAAAAAUUUGGGAUCUUGAACAUGCCAAGCUUGUACGAACUCUUACUGGACACAAAGCAGCUAUUCGAUGUAUGGAUUUUCAUCCCUAUGGAGAGUUACUGACUUCAGGCAGUUUGGACACAGCAAUUAAGCUAUGGGACAUGCGAAGGAAAGGCUGUAUCUUCACAUACAAAGGACAUGACAGGACUGUCAAUAGUUUAAAAUUUAGUCCAGAUGGUCAGUGGAUUGCCAGUGCUGGAGAAGAAGGAACAGUCAAGUUGUGGGACCUCAAAGCAGGUAGACAACUCCAAGAAUUUUCAGAGCACAGAGGACCAGCUACAACAGUAGAAUUUCAUCCUCAUGAAUUCUUGCUGGCUAGUGGUAGUUCUGAUAGAACAGUUCAUUUCUGGGACCUUGAAUCUUUCCAAUUAGUUUCAACAACAGAGCAAAAUCACACAUCAGCUGUUAGGUGUUUAUAUUUCAGCCAAGGUGGGGAGUGUCUAUUUGCUGGUAGUACUGAUGUCCUAAAAGUUUAUGGAUGGGAACCAUCACGAACCCUGGAUACAGUCCCAACCGGCUGGGGAAAAGUGCAGGAUAUUGCAGUGGCACAAAAUCAGCUUAUAGGUGCAUCCUUUCACAUUGCAAACAUAGUUCUAUACGUGUGUGAUCUUAAGAAAAUAGCGCCUUUAGGAGGAAUCACUUCACCAGUCUCGCCAUUCAGUCAUGGAAAUUCUUUGAGAAAAAGUUUCUCCAGAGAAAGACCUCCGAACUUAAAGAAACACUCUAGAUUGGAUGUGAAAACAAUUGAAGAAGCCGAUAAAUCUGGAACAGAUCCCGAAGAUGAAGUCACCUUCGCGGAUAUACCAAAUGUAACCGAAUACCAGGAUGUAUUUCAACCUAAUAGAUCACUGUCUCGCACUCCUCCGCCAGAACCUGAGGCUUUUCCGGAGCCUCAAGAAGUAGAUCCAACGCAGCCACAAAUCCUUCAGAAUUUAUCUACCUCAAUGUCAAAUCUGAGCACUACGGAUCCGAAUGAUGGGUCAGAACUGUUUUCUCCUUCUUCAAUACCAUCCUUAUCACUUCCGGUAUCAACAUCAGUAUCAACGGUACCUUCAGCAACACCGCCAAUAAUGAAGCCAGUCCCUGUACGAGUACAUCCAAUAAAAUCUUCACCUCCUGUACAGAGGAACUUAAUAACGUCCACAAGUCAAAUAAGGGCGAAUCUUCAAGCAAAUAAUACUGCUAGAAACUCGAAGAACCUCACGGCAAUACCGCCUCUUAGACAGAAUAUAACUCCGUUACCCGGAAGGAAGUCUACUCCUGGAAAUCCUCCACUCGGUCCUCAGAGAUCAAAUUCAACUCUUACACCGAGAGUAGCUCCUAUGGCUGCCAUUUCUCCUGUUAUAGACGAUGGAAAACUUAAGAAUAGAGCACCAAGUCCGGACUCGCCUAAACAUUUCUUUAAGAGACAAAGUAGUUGUAGGGAUGGAGAACAGGGAUACGACAGUGACUACCCCGUACAAAUUAACAUAAGACACAGCCCCUCGGAUCCUGCAUUAAAUAGACCAAAUACUGCCCAAUCUCGGUCGACCUCACUUAGCAGAAGUUUUGUUAAUUCAUCGCCUCUCUCAGCACGUAAUGCACCUGCUGCUAAGAGGCCAAAUAAGGCACAGGUGCAACCAAGCCCUAAGGUCGAUAUUAGAGUGCCGCAGUUACGAGCACCGUCUAUGGAGGAUAAGGAAAAGGAAGAAUUCGUUCCCAUGAGUGCGGACAGACCUUAUGGCCUGGAUGUGGAAACUUUCUUACCGAAUAAGUACACGGGACAAGGCUUAGGUUAUACACAGAUGGGAGUUCUCCCAGAAAUGUCUGAAGCCGAAGUGCUAAGUAGCAUGAUGCGUGGCCACGAGUCCAUGAUGGCAGUAUUAGCAAGUCGCCAUCGAUCGCUUCAAAUAAUCUAUUCCCUAUGGCAUAAUAAAGACUUGAAGGCAGCAGUGGAUUCAGCUGUAGCCAUGAAUGACCUGUCCGUAAUCGUAGACCUGUUAGGAAUUCUUACAUUGAAACCAACCAUGUGGAAUCUGGACUUGUGCAAUUCCUUACUUGCCCCAAUUGGUGAGCUUUUACAGAGCAAAUAUGAAUUGUACGUUACUGUGGGAUGUUCUGCCCUGAGAUUGAUAUUACGUAACUUCGCACCGGUCAUUAAAUCCAACGUGGAAGCGCCAUUACAUACGAUUGGGGUAGACGUAUCGCGCGAGGAACGGUAUCACAAAUGUCUGUCUUGCUACGAGAAGCUGGGGACGAUACGAACUUUGCUGCUGAAGAAACAAUCAUCUCCUGGAAAACUUGGUGCUGGUUUCCGUGAGCUUGGUGUUCUUAUCCGGACGCUUGAUUAGUAUUUGGCGAGGUCGAUAACCUGAACACUUGCCCUGAUUACUCUUCCUUCUCGACGCUCUUCUUAUCCUAUUGAUUUCUGGGUGAAGAUGAAGUGGAGAGCAGCGAUAUGGAGACGCAUGGCUCCUUUGCUUGAUAUCAGUCGUGAUUGGUAUCUUUAGAUACAUCCUGAAUGAUUGAUUGGCGGAUGUUGAUACUUUAAUCAUCGCUCUGUCGCAUGCCAUAAAUUAAAGAAAGGCCGUUACCGUUGUGCACGACUUCCACACGGUGGACCAGGCCUAAGGAAGCUCAUAUAAGAGUAGAUAUUGAGAUGACACGAUUAAGAUGAUAAAACUUGUGUGACUGUAAGCCUCCGUAAUUUUGAUUGCAUUCACGUCUUUCGCUCAAAGAUUAUUUAAUCGGUCGUGUAUGAGAGACCCCGAAAGCUCCUGAUAAGGGAAACAGUUAUCACGCGAUCGUUCUAACCUAAUUAACGAAAGGAUAAUAACAAUUACCAAGUAUCUAGAGAGCGUACGGUUCUUUAUCUUUUUUAGCCUUUACGAAAGAAUUGUAUUUUUGCAAAAACCAGUGCGUUUGUUUAUUAAAUAAAAUGUCCUAACCGUAA